AUGACUGCCUCCCAGUCUGUUGCGAGGCUAGCCCAAAUCAUCAAGGCACCAUCCGGUGAAGCGGUUCGCCAUAGCAAAACCGUGUUCCUUGCAGGCACCACAACCGGUCCGCCCGACUGGCGCGAGAUGGUUUCCGGCGAGCUGUCGAGCUUGCCAGUGACCAUUUUCAAUCCCCUACGCCCGGAUUGGGAUGACAGCUGGACAGAGGAUGAUUUCAGAAAGCAAGUCGACUGGGAACUAUCGAAGCAAGAGAGGGCCGACGUCGUUGCGGUCUACUUUGGUGCUAACACACUGGCGCCCAUCAGUCUGCUGGAACUGGGGCUCUGCGCCAAGGAAAACAAGGCCAUCGUAUACGUCCAGGACGGGUACCAGAAGAAGGGUCAAGUGCGGCUCAUAUACGAUGUUAAGAGUUUAGUCAAGGACUGGAUUGAGCCAGACCGAGCCCGCCCCUUUCGGGCCGUUCCUUGGUCAAUUCCAAAUGGCCCGCGUUUCCUCAAGUAUCUGAGACUCCAUAUCACGCUUUUGCCAAUGCCCGAUGAAUUUCUACGGGAACGGUGUAAAAUGGGUGAGGUCAAGGAAGAGAACAGCGAGCAAGGAGAAAAUGUUUCGCAGGGCACUACUGGGGCCUUCAAUUACCCAGAUAUCUCUGCGACUGAGGCGCCGAUGUUUCACGACGAGGCGCUGGCAACACAUUAUGCACAGCAUAGCAACGCCGGGCCACAGCUGCCUUUCCCUUCGCAAUUGGUUCCCAACUACUCCUUACAGGCUCCCCCAUCUGCACUAUUCAGCGAGGAAGCGCCUGCAUUCGAUCCCGCGUUCCUCGGUAGCAGCGGGCAUUUUGACCAACCCGCACCGCUUGUUCAACCUGACUUUGCGAAGAGGGCCAACGAUUUGAUCAAUGCCUCCCUGGGACGAACGCCUGGCGGAACAUCCGUAGUCGAGCCCGACUCGGUCCUUGAAGAGUGGGGUCGCCUCUACCACGGGUACAAAGAGGGUUCUUACUUGUUGCCCAAUGAUGCUGCAGAACAGGAUCGGUUGGAUCUUCAGCAUCAAGUGUUCCUCCUUCUCCUAGACGGCUGGCUUCACUUAGCUCCCAUGACUCGAGUGCCAAACUUUGUGCUGGAUAUAGCGACCGGCACAGGCAUCUGGGCAAGCUCUUAUUCUAAACGGUAUCCCUCAUCGUUCGUAAUUGGGACAGAUCUCAGCGCCAUACAGCCAGAUCCUCAGGUGCCAAACUGCGUGUUCCAGAAAGAUGAUGCAGAGUCGCCGUGGGUGUUCCCUGCGCCUCACCCUCCUGAUGCGCACUGUGUCACGUAUCCUUGCGAGCACCGAAUCAUGUUUGACUACGUGCACCUCCGAAUGGUGUUUACGUGUUUUGACGAUGUCCGCAAUGUAAUACGUCAGGCCUUUGAUAACAUGAAUUCCGGCGGCUGGAUUGAAUUCCAGGAUGUUGUUUAUGAUUUGAGGGCCGUAGGCUACGAAGGCUCUCCGCUUCAGGUGUAUUGCGACGGCAUGAAUCGAGGAGCUGCAGCGAGGGGCAGGAAUCUCCAUAUUGCAAAGCAGUACAAGGCGUUCCUAGAAGAGGCCGGCUUUGUGGACGUCGAGGAGCGACAGUUUACCUUACCGUGGAGCCCUUGGCCACAAGACAGCAAGUUGAGGAAAGCUGGUCUUUACAAUUUGCAGAAUUGUAUAGAAGGUCUGAUGGGUACGGGCUAUAAAAUGCUCAAACUCGCCGGCCACUCUGCACAAGAAGUUGAAACCAUAAUUGGACAGACAGAAGCCUUUGUGCGGGACUGUAGAAACCGCACCUGGGUGCCUAUGUACGUUGUUUAUGGUCGCAAACCAUAG